AACACAUUUUUUUUAGUAAUAUAAACUACUCAACGCAUAGCGAAAAGUAAGUUUGUUUAAAUUAGUUAACACGACGAUCGGAUCCUGCCUGAGCAAAAACGCAAAUCGUUUUCCGUUCUGGUAACAAUGUCGAAACAGACGUACAAAGUCGGAUUCUUUUUCCGGCGGCAGUUUACCAUGGCUGCCGCCGAAGCUCCGGCAGACAUUAAGAACCUAUUUAAACGUUAUUCCGACGACAGCGGAGUUAUGAGCGUCCAGAAUCUUCAUCGUUUCUUAAUUGAGAUUCAGAAGGAGAAAAAUGCGAGCUUAGACAACGCUGAAGCCAUUAUCAAUAAUCACGGCGGCGACUCCAAUCAGAAAGGCCUCCAGCUCGAUGGCUUCUUCAAGUGUCUCUUUUCUGAUGUUAAUCCUCCUCUCGAUCCUAAACUUGGGAUUCACCAUGAUAUGAAUGCACCUCUGUCUCAUUACUACAUAUACACAGGCCAUAAUUCAUAUCUAACUGGGAAUCAACUGAGUAGUGAUUGCAGUGAUGUCCCCAUAAUACAAGCUCUUCAGAGAAGUGUCAGAGUAAUUGAAUUAGAUAUUUGGCCAAAUUCAGACAAAGAUGAUAUAGAAGUUCUACAUGGAAGGACACUGACUGCUCCAGUGGCGCUAAUCAAAUGUUUGAGGUCUAUCAAGGAGCAUGCCUUUUCUGCAUCGGAGUAUCCUGUUGUAAUAACACUUGAAGAUCAUCUCAUGCCAGAUCUUCAGGAAAAAGUGGCCGAGAUGAUCACCCAAACAUUUGGAGACAUGCUGUUUUCUCCUUCAGAAAGUCUGAAGGAGCUUCCUUCUCCGGAGUCACUGAGAAAGCGUGUUAUGAUAUCAACUAAGCCACCAAAAGAAUACUUACAAUCCAAGGAAGUUAAGGAAAAAGAUGACACAAAGAAAGAAGCUGAGCAGGAUGACGUUGAUGAAGAAGAAGACGAAGAUGAAGAUGAAGAUGAUGAAGAAGAUCCAAAGUCAGAGAAGAAGGCAGCGUCAGAAUACAAGCGCCUAAUUGCCAUUCAUGCUGGAAAGGGGAAAGGAGGACUAUCUGAUUGGUUGAGGGUUGACCUCAAUAAAGUAAGACGGCUGAGUCUCAGUGAACCAGAACUUGAAAAAGCUGUAGAUACUCAUUCAAAAGAAAUUAUCAGGUUCACUCAGCAGAACUUGCUGAGAAUAUACCCAAAGGGCAUACGAGUUGACUCAUCCAAUUAUGAUCCUUUUGUUGGUUGGAUGCAUGGAGCUCAAAUGGUAGCAUUUAAUAUGCAGGGUUAUGGAAGAUCACUUUGGUUGAUGCAUGGUAUGUUCAGGGCUAAUGGUGGCUGUGGAUAUGUUAAGAAACCUGAUCUACUAUUGAAAGCUGGUCCCAACAACGAGGUCUUCGAUCCUACAGCAAAUUUGCCUGUCAAAACUACACUAAAGGUGACUGUAUAUAUGGGUGAUGGGUGGGACAAAGACUUCGAUCAGACACACUUCGACACGUACUCACCUCCAGAUUUCUAUGCAAAGCUAGGAAUUGCUGGAGUUCCUGCUGAUGAAGUAAAGAAGAGAACAAAGACGAUGGACGACAAUUGGAUACCAAGCUGGGAUGAGCAGUUUGAGUUUCCACUAACAGUUCCUGAGUUGGCUCUACUUCGUAUCAAAGUUCUUGAUUAUAAUUUGUCUGACAAGGAUGAGUUUGCUGGCCAAACAUGUCUACCUGUGGCAGAGCUGCGACAAGGUAUCCGAGCAGUACCACUCUACGAUCGGAAAGGAGAGAAGUACAGUUCUGUGAAGCUUCUCAUGCGUUUCGAGUUUAUAUAACCUUAGGACCAUUGUAGUUCUUGAAAUGGGAGCUUCACAUACUUUGCUAGUUUCAUCUAUGUGAAGUGUAGCAAAGUUUAUAAACUAUAUACAACCACAUGCAAAGUAGUAAGAU